GAUCCCAAGGUGAAUAGACGAUAUACGUGCAUCUUAAUUAAUCAUCAUCACUAUCUUUUUCUCUCACUUUAACUAUAUUCAAAGUGCAUCAAUUUACUUACAUUUUUCCGAUCGAAUACAUAUAAAAAAAAACAGAGAAAAAAAAAGUUUUUACGAGGAUGGUGAAUCUCCAAACCGGAUAAGCAAGACACAGCACAAACCUCAAGAGACCAAACACACACAUUCGUCAGUUUUCCGAGCACUUUUUUUUGAUUUAUCUCUCCCCCGCCGCCAGGACCAAGACCCCGCAGGAUGGACGGCGACGCGGAGUGGGUGGGAGUGGACUUCGAAUUCGGUCAGCCGGGGAACGCGGGGCCGACGACCACAGCACGCCCGCGACCCCGCCCACGCCCGCCGCUGCCCCGCCCACCCCACGCGGGACCCGCUACGGAGCCGCCCCACGACGCCAACGACGUCGCCCCCGCCACGCCCACGGGAGGCUUCAAUGCGACAGCGCUGGCCGGGUCUGUGGGCGGCUUGCUAGGAGUCGUCCUGUUGUUGUUGGUCGUGUACAUGUUUGUGCUCAGGAGGAAGCUUAACAAGGCGAAGCUGGCCCGCGGCGACUCCGAGUACAGGCUCCGCGUGGAGGACGUGGCUCACCUGACGCACCUGGACGAGACGAGCAACACCUACGUGAACACGACCGACCUGCAGAAGCUGGUGUCGUCGGUGCGGGCCAAGAAGAAGGCCGAGGAGAAGCUGCCUCUGCCGCCGCGCUCGCAGCAGCAGGCGCCGCCCCUGGUGAGGAAGCCGACGUCGCCCUCCGUCAGCGCCCGCUCCUCGUCGUCUUCCGCGGGCCAGGCGGACAACGACGCCUUCAGGGGCGACGUGGACGUGGUGACCCUGAGGCCGCCGAUGCCGCUGCCGCACCCCAAGCCGGACAUCCUGCAGGGCGUCCUCCCGCCUCGGACGGGCGUCCACGGGUCGGAGCCUGUGUCCGAGAUCAUCUACUCGAACGUCCAGCCGCCCUCACAGCCGACGCCGCAGUCGCCCGUCGCGAAGGGCGCCCGGAUCGAGCCGCCGAAGAUAGCGCCUCCUCCUCCCCCGGCGAAGAAGCCGAAGCGGGAGGCGGCCGUCACCGUCUCCCCGGUGGUGGUGCCGGUGGGUGAGCCGGAGGAGGACGCCCCGGUGUCCCCCACGGUGAUCGCCCGCCCGGCGCCGCCCGCCCGUGGCCAAGCCAAUGGCGCCCGCGGGUUCUUCGCCCGCCAACACCACAGACCGAAACGCCGCCCAGAAGCCGACGCCUCCCGUGGCGCCCAAGCCUCAGAAGGCCGUCUUCUCGGACGCCCCGACGCCCACGAAGACGCCGCCGCCCAAACCCGCCCUCCCGAAGGCCGCAAAGCCCGGCGUGCUGAGCAAAGGGCGCGGCCUCCCCCCCCUGAAGAUGGCGCUGCUCCACUCAGACAGCAGGAGCUCCAUCGACAGCUGCGCCACGCCCGACACCAGCGUGCUGGAGCUCACGCCCGACAUGGACGAAGGGCGGGGGUCGGCGUCUAUCAGCGCCAAGAUCGCCUUCCUGGAGGGGAAGAUGAAGUCCCCAGCGACGGCCCCCAGAGGAAUGCCUUCCAAGACCUGAGGACCCCCUCUGUGCCCCCUCCUUUGCGACCAAGACACAAAUCAGUAUUAAGCAUGGCUGUUGAGCGGGUACUACGUUUAGGAAAGGCUCUCAUGCGUCGCCGAAGAGCUCAGGCAGUGAGGGGCCUCGUUGGAAGAGCGUCGACUUCCGAGGGAGUGAGGAGAGCGCAUCCCCUGACGUCACGUCCCGUCCCCUUGGAUUUCCCGGCUCGCCCUGAGUUAGCUGACGUCGCCCACUGCACCUCGUGACUUCGGCCGAUGGUAAAUGAUUUUUUUUUUGUAAAUGACGUCUGUAAAUGAUUUUCGUAAAUGUCAAACUUAAAUAUGAGGUCUACAGAUGGUGUCCGUAAUUGGUCCGUAAUUGAUGUCCGUAAAUGGUGUCAACAGGACCCACGCAGGAAGCUGUACGUAGUGAUAAGCUUUUGUCAUUAGAUUUAAGAUGUUCUUGUCUCAAGAAUUUUCCGUUUUGUUGCCUUUCAUAAAAAAAAAUGUUUUGUUUCUAUAUUAUACCGACAUCAAGUGCAAUAUAUAUAUAUACUCUUUGUGAUGUUGGUAAAUGCAUAUGUAUGUGCGCAUAUGUUUACGUGUCUGUAUGUUU